UUGCUUGAUUCAUGAAUCAGCAGAAUACAAUCAAAGUCUCGAGAACAAUAUGGCAGUAGUGUGUGUCAAAUAUACUCAAAAUUUGUAUAAGACUGAGUAAUUUUAAAUUCGAACAGUGAACGAAAAACAAAACUUUUCGGUUUGAUGUUGAUUUGUAAUGACUUCGAUGCUUUCGUCAUUUACUCCACCAGUAGUUAAGCGACUGUUAGGCUGGAAAAAAGGCCUAGACGCAGAUGACAAAUGGUGUGAAAAGGCAGUCAAAAGUUUAGUGAAAAAGCUGAAAAAGUCAGGUGCUCUUGAGGAACUUGAAAGAGCGAUAUCUUCACAAAAUCAAAACACAAAAUGUGUAACUAUUCCCAGGAUUCGUCCGAAUGAAUUGAAUCAACAGAGGAAAGGACUACCUCAUGUGAUAUACUGUCGAUUAUGGAGAUGGCCAGAUCUCACUUCACAUCAUGAACUAAGACCAUUGGAUCACUGUGAAUGGGGCUACAAUCACAGAAAAGACCUUGAUGAAAUUUGUGUUAAUCCAUUUCACUAUACAAGAAUAGAGACACCAUCAUUGCCAGCAAUUCUGGUGCCUCGUCAUACAAUUGAUGAAAACAAUGUUUUUCCACAUUCUCUGGAAGAUUUAAGUACCUCAGUUCCCGAAAAUACCUCGUUUCCUCAUAAUACCACUAGUCUAAGUUUAUCUUUACAACAUUCUGGUGGCUAUAUGGAUGUUGGAAUCAUUCCAAAUGGCAUUGAAUCUCCGCACAACUCUGCUCCACCAACUGAGAGUCCGCCUCCAGGAUAUAUGUCGGAAGACGGAGAUCCAAUGGAUCCUAACGAUAAUAUGAGCUUGCCCAGAAUAUCUCCCAGUCCUCCAGUUGAUGCUCAACCAGUACUAUACUGUGAACCAGCCUUCUGGUGUAGUAUCAGCUAUUAUGAAUUGAAUACAAGGGUUGGAGAGACUUUCCAUGCUAGUCAACCUUCUAUCACUGUUGAUGGAUUUACUGAUCCUAGUAAUUCUGAAAGGUUUUGUUUAGGACUUUUAUCCAAUGUGAACCGAAACUCGGUUGUAGAACAAACAAGAAGACAUAUAGGAAAGGGAGUAAGACUGUAUUAUAUUGGUGGUGAAGUUUUUGCAGAAUGUUUGAGUGAUUCAAGUAUAUUUGUUCAAUCUCCCAAUUGCAAUAAGAGGUAUGGUUGGCACCCUGCAACUGUCUGCAAAAUACCACCAGGCUGUAAUUUGAAAAUAUUCAACAACCAAGAGUUUGCGGCGCUUUUAUCACAGUCUGUUAGUGAAGGAUUUGAAGCAGUUUAUCAUCUAACAAGAAUGUGCACCAUCAGAAUGUCAUUUGUCAAGGGAUGGGGUGCAGAAUACAGGAGGCAAACAGUAACCUCGACUCCUUGUUGGAUAGAAUUGCACUUGAAUGGACCUUUGCAAUGGCUUGACAGAGUUCUAACGCAGAUGGGUUCCCCAAGGUUACCGUGCAGCUCGAUGUCAUAAAAAAGACAAAGAAAGGAAAGACUGUAUGUGUUUUCUAAUUUAAGUUUGUUUUUCGUGUUUCAAAUUUCAUGAUAAAUAUGCUGAAGUUUAAAGAAACAAAAAUUACAGAAAAAAGUGAGAAUAAUUCGGAACAAUUCAUUUCUGACUUUGACCAGAAUAUAUGCAUUUUUGUUACAUUUGGGUUUUUAUAUGUUGUUUUGAGUAUAUAAAUACAUACUUCAGAAUUUUAACACAUGAAAGUUACUGUUUAGCUUUUUAGAAAUCUAUCAUAUAAAUUUCAAAAAUUUUAAUCAUUGUUAUGUUAGUGUUGUGAGUAGCAUUUACUGCUGAAAUUGAUUUUUAGUAGAUUUUUUAUUGUAUUCAAAAUUCACAACUGUUAAUUGAGUAAAUGAUGUUGAAAAAUCAUUAUACAUUUCCCAAUAUUUUGAUAAGAAUUAUCAAUAAACGAAUAGAAUUAGCUUCAGUCACUGAUAUACUUUUUUAUAACUUUAUUGGACUUUAUUCUAAUUUAUCCCUAAGUUAUUCCAGAAUGGUUUUGCUGAAGGGGAUAAAGUUAAAUAAUUUUAAUUGUUGAUAAACUAAUUUUAAAAUUUUCAAUAUUUCAAAAAUGGAUAAAAUAUUUAUUUUUUUUUAUUCCUAUAUUCUUGUAAGGAAUUUUUUUAUCCUAUAUUCUUGCAACAAAACAUAAUAUAUAAUCCUAAUUUUUAUCCAAACUUUAACAAAUGAAAUGGUGGAAUAUUAACAUAAACUAGACUCCUUUUUAUUGGGAAUAGUAUUCACUUUUUCUCAAAAUUUUAAUAAAUCAAAAACUGUGUGGUUUUAUCAAAUCAAUAUUUAAGUGAAGGUUAUUUUGCAAUAAUAAUUCAUCUGUAAGUAAGAAAAAAUACUCUUUUUCUACAACUGCUGCGAAAAGUAUCGUAUUCUUCAUAGCUUACUCAAUUUCAAAACUAUGUAUUGCUCAUACUGUGGGAAAUAUUAUUCCCCACGGCACUUUGCCCACAUCUUGCUUGUUAGAACAAUGAAAUUGGGCUUUUGAGUCGUUUCUAUGGAAACGCAAUAAAUUAGCACAUAGUGUCAACGAAGGCCAUUUCGAUUUGAAUCAAUUCCAUUACUUGAAUUAUUGAAAUUUGUGCAGUUGUAGGAAAAGUAUAGUGUGCAACAUGUGGGGAAAGUCCUUUUCUCGCUCGUGUGUUUGCGGUACUUGCCUUUCAGGCUCGUGCCACAAACUUCACACUCGCGAGGAAAGUUGGACUUUCCCCACUUGUUGCACAAUAUACUAUUUCAGUUUUAACUUAGUUUACAAUUAACUCAAGAUUUUUUUAUUGAACAUCCUAUAUAAUUUUUUCUGACUGUUUUCGAUCCUCUCAAAUAACCAUGUUAAAAAAAAAUGAACAUUAUUUGGAAUGAAUCUUAAAUACUGCACACCAAAAAAUAUUAUCUCAAGGAAUAUUUUCUUCGAUAUCUUGAAAAACACGAAAUAACUUGAAAUAUAAAAAUGAAAAAAGUGUUGUAUGAAUCAUUUCAUAUAACAAUAAAACUUAAGAAAUACUCAAACGAUUCAAAACUGUCGCGGAAUUUUGAAUUAAUGAAUCUUCUCAAGAAAUUUUUUCAUUAUCUUAUCAAAAAACUUGAAAUAUGAAAAAAAAAAUUAUGCAUAAUUUCACACAACAAACUUAAGGAAGACUCAAACAAUUCAAAACUGCUGCGGAAUUUUGAAAUAAUUUCAGAAUUCUUGAAUUAUUCUGUAUGAAUAAUAUAAAGAGUAAUAAUUCUAUGUGAAAAUAGUUAUAUUUUGUAUUCAGUGAUGUGCAAAAUCUCAAUUUUUUUCCUUAAUUUCAUAAUACUAUGUUUAAGCUUUCACUUAUCAAAACUGAAUAGUUUUAUAUGUGUUGAUUUAAUCCUACUGUUAUUUACAGCAUUAACAACUCUUUGUUAAAAAUCAGUAAUCGUAUGAAUGUUACUGAAGUUUCUAAUUUUAAGUAUGAUUGUGUUCUAAAACUUGCUUACUGUAUUUCUCUUUGUUACAAUUUUCCACAAACAUACAAUAGUUAUACUGGGUGACAAAUCUUUGCUGGCAUUUUAUUUGCCCUAAAAUUAAACGAACCAUGAAGUACAAAAUAUUAAAUAGCAAUCGAUCAACAAACUCAGGAUAUGUUAUAAAACAUUCAGUCAAUUGAAUUUGGAAAUAUUUUACUGUUUCUAGUGAUGUCAGCAAAAUGAAAUGGAACCCCAAAUAUUGAAGUUGUUUUUUGAUAAUGAGCAUAUAACACAGAGAUUUUAUACUAUCAUGUUUUCCACUUUUGUUAACAUAUUUGUAGGUUUGUUACAACAUAUAUUCAAUCUUGAACUAUGCUCAGAGCCCUUCUUCAAGAAAUAUUGUUAUUUUAUUCUUGUUGAAACAAACCUAUUCACAAUGGUUUUUACUGUGUUCAGCGAAAGCAGACUAAUCAAUAGUACAAAUAUGGAUUUCUGAGGAAAUCCAAGCAACUCACAAAUAUUUUUUUAUAUACUUUGUUUCAUGUUCAUUUCAUUCUUGAAUAUGCAAGUAUAUCGCUGUCUUAUAUGCUUUAAAAUUCACAAAUGCCCAAUAAUGUGUUAUUUUGGUAUACUGUAUAGAUAUAGAUACACUUAAUUUGAUAAGGCAAUUACCAAAUUUAUGUAUUUUACUUUUGACAAAAUAUACUUAUAAUCGUUAA